AGUGGAUGCCCUUGCUGAGCGCCAACGCUCUUGGAUGGCUGAUUGAAUCGGCCUUAUCAACUCAAUCGCUUCUUCUGGGUCGAGCUGUUCAUGCGCAUAUCAUCAGAACUAUUGAAUCCCCUUAUCCACCUUUCCUCUCUAACCAUCUCAUCAACUUCUACUCCAAACUUGAUUCCCCCAACUCAGCUCAACUCCUUCUUUCACUCACUCCGCCCCGUUUUCGUUCCGUCGUCACUUGGACCGCUCUCAUUGCUGGCUCCGUUCAAAAUGGCCAUUUUACUUCUGCCCUUUUACAUUUCUCUGACAUGCGCCGACAGUCUGUUCAACCCAAUGACUUCACAUUCCCUUGCCUUUUCAAAGCCUCCGCUUUCUUGCAUUACCCCCUCAUGGGCCAACAGCUUCAUGCACUGGCACUGAAAGGUAGCUUCAUUAAGGAUGUGUUCGUUGGCUGUAGCGCAUUCGAUAUGUACUGUAAAAAGGGUCUGCGGGAAUAUGCGCAGAAGAUGUUUGAUGAAAUGCCUCACAGGAAUAUUGCAACGUGGAACGCUUGUAUUUCUAAUUCCGUGCUUGACGGAAGGCCUUACGAUGCCUCUCUAAAAUUUGUUGAGCUAUUAAGACUAGGUGAAGAACCACCUAAUUCUAUUACUUUUUGUGUGUUUUUGAAUGCUUGCUCGGAUGGUUUGUAUUUGAAGCUUGGGCAGCAGUUGCAUGGUUAUGUUAUUCGAUUUGGCUUUGGGUCAGAUGUCUCUGUUCUAAAUGGAAUGGUUGAUUUUUAUGGAAAAUGUCACCAGGUGAAGUAUUCAGAGCUAGUUUUCAAUGAGAUAAAUGUGCGUAAUGGUGUAUCAUGGUGCACCAUGUUGGCAGUGUAUGAACAGAAUGAUAUAUGGGAUAACGCUUUUAUGCUGUUUCUUAAGGCAAGGAAGGAAGGUAUUAAGCCAACUGAAUUCAUGCUUUCAAGUGUGCUUAGUGCUUGUGCAGGAAUGGCAGUGCUUGAGCUGGGGAGGUCUAUUCAUGGUCUUGCAGUAAAGGCUUGUAUCGAGCAUAACGUAUUUGUUGGCAGUGCACUUGUUGACAUGUAUGGGAAAUGUGGUAUCAUAGAUAAUUGUGAGAGCUCCUUUUAUGAAAUGCCCGAGAGGAAUUUGAUAACUUGGAAUGCAGUAAUGGGUGGUUAUGCUCAUCAAGGGUGUGCAGAUAUGGCAUUGAGUUUGUUUGAGGAGAUGACUAGUGAAAGCCAUAAUGUGGUGCCUAGUUAUGUGACAUUUGUUUGUGUAUUGACAGCUUGUAGUAGGGCUGGAGCUGUUAAAAUAGGCAUGGAUAUCUUUGAAUCUAUGCAGAAGAAGUAUGGGAUUGAACCAGGGCCAGAGCAUUAUGCAUGUGUUGUGGACAUACUUGGAAGGGCUGGUUUGGUGGAGCGUGCAUACGACUUUAUCAAGAAAAUGCCUGUUCCACCUACAGUAUCAGUCUGGGGAGCUCUUUUAGGGGCUUGUAAAGUUCAUGGAAAACCUGAACUAGGGAAGGUUGCGGCAGACAAUUUGUUUCGACUUGAUCCUUUGGACUCUGGAAACCAUGUCAUUCUUUCUAAUAUGUUUGCUGCUGCUGGAAGGUGGGAUGAGGCUAAUCUUGUCAGAAAGGAGAUGAAGGAUGUUGGCAUCACAAAAGGGGCCGGAGUCAGUUGGAUAUCUGCAAAGAAUUCUAUCCAUAUUUUCCAAGCAAAGGAUACAACUCAUGAGAGAUACCCAGAGAUUCAAGCAAUGCUGGCCAAGUUAAGGAGAGAUAUGAAAGCAGAAGGUUAUAUUGCCGACACAAAUUCUGCGCUAUACGACUUAGAGGAGGAAGAAAAGGAAUCAGAAGUUUGGCAUCACAGUGAGAAAAUUGCACUUGCAUUUGGUCUCAUUGCUAUCCCUCCUGGAGUCCCAAUAAGGAUAACAAAAAACCUGAGGGUCUGUGUGGAUUGCCAUAGAGCAAUAAAGUUCAUCUCGGGCAUUACUGGUAGAGAAAUUAUUGUAAGAGAUAACAACCGCUUUCAUUCCUUCAAGGACUACCAGUGCUCAUGUAGAGAUUAUUGGUGAAUCUAGUUUAAGCAUUCCAGAGAAUUCUGGAUGCUCCUU